AUAGGCUGGCCAGACUAAGGAAGACAUAGUCUGUGCGCCGGUCAUGGCCAAGAGUGGGUCGUGACAAUCUAUAUCGUCCACCUCCUCUCCGUCGAACACCCUGUAAUGGUCGUCGUGGGAAGCCAGGCCUUCAUCAAGCACCAUGCCCACAUUCAUCCGCCGGAAGAUCUCGGACUCAGCGAGCUUCUCGGCAUCGUCAUGGCCGUCGAUCUCCUCGUCUGGGGCAAAGGCCAGGUUGAGCGAGCGGCGGGGGCAGAAGUUUCGGGCCUUGAGGCAGCGGAGGGCCCACUUGGAGUGCUCUGAUGGGACCACGUUGGUGUGGGAGUAGAGGAAGAUGGAGGCGAGGUUCCCAUUUCAAAAGGACAAGAAUAGUGGGCGCAGAGGUGUUCAUUGUUGGGUCUAUUAUGGAAGGGCAAGAAGGUGAGACUUCUCCAUCUCAUCAUCUGGAUAAGAAUAUGGUGAACGAAGAUGAAAUACUAGAGAAUGCCGACAGCAAUGUGCCUCCGCUGCAAAUUCACUCAAGUUUGAGCUCGUUACGGCUGUUUCGAAGCACUGAUAGAAGAGAACUAGUAGAAUCAAUAUAGGAGGAUAAUUGGGAAGAAACCAAAACAGAAUUUGAGGAUGAAGAAGCAAAAGCAGAAGUUGCUGCAAUUGCUGGGGAAAACAAAAGUUGAUAGAACCAGUUGACGAAAAUUCCUCUGCUAUGAGUUUGUACAGAAAAGAAAAUACAGCUAUGCCUGUGGCGGUUGGUAGAAGUGGGAAAACAUUGGAGGGUAUAGGUAAAGAGCUGGAUGAUCAUUUCCUGAAAGCAUCUGGAUGUAUAAAGGAAAUUGUUGUUCUUAUAGAUAUCAGUGGAGGAGAUACACUUCUACGGCAGAAUUCUGGGCAUCUUGAUAAGAAGAGAGGCGAUUCUGCAAAGGUCUUCAGUGUACUAUCAUGGAGUAGGUAUUCAAAAUCACCCCCAUCCACCAAAGAUGGUGCUGAAUUUUCUGGUCGUAGGGAACCAUGCAAGCCUAGAGCUCAUUGUGCCACACUUAAAAAAUUAUAUGCGGCAGAGAAGAAACUUUUCAAGGCAUUAAAGGAGGAGGAGGGAGUUGUUGCAUUGGAGUUCGACAGGAAGUCCAUGUUAUUGCGUAAACAAGAGGAUGAGAAUCUUUACAUGGCCAAGAUUGACAAAAUGCGAUCAAGUGUUGAUAAGUUGGAGUCCGAUUUAAUAAGCCUAAGGCAAUGCAUCAGUGACACAACUUCAUCAAUUUUGGAAAUGAUACAUGAGGAGCUUUUACCCCAGCUGGUUGCAUUAACUGUAGGGUAUAUUUCUCAGAAUUGAAUGAAAUAGACAUUUUCCAACUUAAUGAUUGUGCUAAUAUCAAUCUAAGUUUCACAAUAAUGUUUUCUCUUAUCUUAGUAA